AUGCCACCCAAAGAGGAGAAAGUGUUGGGAGACCGGCUUGUCCAGCGCAAUGGAUUGCUGGCAAUUCGUGAUGCUUUGGAGAAGUUCAUCAUUCGGUACGAUCCUGCACGUGAUGCUUUUCAGUUGAGUGUUCGUAUAGAGUCGCUGGAUAGGGCUUAUGCACAGUUCAUGGAGGCGCAGGAUGCAAUUGAGAGACUGGACAAGGAGGAAUUUCUGGCAUCACACCUGGCGGAACGUGUCGAUUUCGAGCAGCGAUACUGCGCAGCGAAGGGCUUCCUACUCUCCAAGGUUCCUGUAGAAGCGAGCAACUCAGCUUUGAACACAUCCAUGAUGGCAAAUCAACACACUUUCUCGACAGGAUUCCACCUCCGUCUUCCAAAGAUCGACCUACCGAGAUUUGAUGGCGAUUUCUCACGUUGGUUGUCAUUUCGAGACACCUUUACGUCCAUGGUUCAUUCCAAUGGGGACAUACCAACGGUCGCCAAGCUUCAGUACCUUCUACAAUCGCUUGAAGGGGACGCAAAGAAGCCUUUCGAAUCAGUUGACGUCGAAGCUGACAACUAUGCGUCAACAUGGGACGCCCUACACAAGAGCUACGACAAUCGCCGUUUUCUCAAACGUCAGCUGUUUAGGACACUCUACGAGCUGCCAGCGGUCAAGCAGGAAUCUGCUAAGCGCAUCCACAGUCUGGUCGACGAUUUUCAGCGCCAUGUACGGGCGUUGGCGAAAUUGGAUGAACCUGUGGAGCAUUGGGAUACGCCGCUGGUGAACAUGCUGUCGUACAAGCUGGACCAAUCCACAUUGCGAGCAUGGGAGGAGAAAACGAGUAGCCAGGACGAUGUCAAGUACGAGGAACUGGUUGAGUUCCUGUACCAGCGGGUGCGCGUCCUCAAUUCUGUCGGGCCAGACACGCAGCAACCGGCACCUCCAAAGGUGGCCGGCCCCCCGAGUUGGAAGGGCACGAAGGUGAAGUUCGCAGCUAACGCAGCUGCUACGCCCAACCAAGAUUCUCCAUGUUCAUUUAGCAUGUUCAGACAGCCACUCCCUCCGCAACUGCCCAGUGUUCCUAGGAAAGGAUGUCCGCCAGCGCCGAGAGCUGGUUUCGCAAAAACGGUUGUGUUGGAACUGUCUGAGCUUCGGUCACCCAGCCAGGAAGUGUGUAUCGAAGUUUACGUGUCGGUGUCGUCGAGUCCUGCCAUUACGGGAUCAUCACAACAAUCUCCACCGGUUCAACAGCCGCAUUCGUCCAGUUCGGGUUCUGCUCCACCGCAGGUCAGCAUGGCGGUCCAAACCGCAUGCAGUAUGGUUCUACUGGAAACGGUUGUUCUCAACGUUGUUGAUGAUCACGGCAGGGAAUUCAAGGCUCGUGCUCUACUCGACUCGGCGUCAAUGUCCAAUUUCAUCUCCGGUCAGUUAGCGAAGGUUCUCCUCAGCCGUCGCACCAAGGUGGACAUUUCGGUCGCAGGAAUCGGUCUCUCAACGCAAAGGGUGAAAAAUGCCAUCACCGCCUCCAUUGAAUCGAGAACUCAGCCAUUCUCCACUAAGCUCGAGUUUCUCAUUCUGAAGCAGCCAUCCGCAGAGCUGCCGACCAUGCCGGUCGAUACGUCGGCGUGGAAAUUCCCGCAGGUUGGAUUAGCAGAUCCACAGUUCCACGUCCCAGGAAGGAUUGACCUCAUCAUCGGAAGUGAGGCCUUCUGGGAACUUCACACCGGUAGGAAGAUCUCGCUCGGUAACGGUCUUCCGUGGGUAGUCGAAACACCAUUCGGAUGGGCGGUCUCUGGUUCCGCGUCCAAUGGAUCUACCUGCAUUCCCCGGAUCUGCAAUCUCUCCAUUACCAAUGAAGAUUUGGAAGCCGCACUUCAGAAGUUUUGGGAGUUAGAAGCGAUUUCCACUGGGCCUGCACACUCACCCGAAGAAAAUCGCUGUGAAGAGUUAUACUCCAGUACAGUCAAGCGUGAUUCGACUGGAAGGUACGUCGUACGUCUUCCUCACAACGAAGAUCCAGAAUUCUUCCUGGGGGCCUCUAGAGCCAUCGCAGAACGCCGUUUUUACAGUCUGGAGCGCCGUUUGCAACGAGAUCCUGCAAUCAAGGAAUCGUAUCAUCGUUUCAUGGACGAGUACCUACAGCUCGGUCACAUGAGAAGGCUUGACGAGCCUGUAGAUGACGUGAAGGCUCACUGUUAUCUCCCACAUCAUCCCGUGUUCAAGGAGUCGAGCACUACUACGAAAGUUAGGGUCGUUUUCGACGCGUCCUGCAAGACGGCGUCAGGAUAUUCGCUGAACGACACGCUGUUGGUCGGACCCGUAGUUCAGCAAGAUCUACUCUCCAUCGUGAUGAGAUUUCGGACACAUCACGUCGCUCUGGUUGCGGACAUCGAGAAGAUGUACCGGCAAGUAUUCGUGCAUCCUGAAGAUCAGCCGUUUCAGCGAAUUCUUUGGCGCACGGGCCCUGAUGAACCCAUCGCUACGUACGAACUGCAGACAGUAACGUACGGAACAGCGAGCGCUCCGUACCUAGCUACGCGUACUCUGCAGCAAAUUGCACAGGAUACCAAGCAGUUGUAUCCAAUCGCGAGUGGGCCAGUUACGGAAGACUUCUACGUCGACGAUUUUCUUUCUGGGGCGCCGGACGUAGAAUCUGCCAUCAAGCUGCGUCGUGAGGCAUCGGCAAUGCUAGCUUCCGCUGGAUUACCGCUCAAGAAAUGGGCAUCGAAUUCUCCUGAAGUUCUUGGGGAUGUACCACCUGAUGAUGUGGCAAUUCAGCCGUUCCAUAAUCUUCAGGAUGACCAGGCCGUCUCCACGCUCGGCCUCAUUUGGGAACCAAAGUUGGACAUACUCCGGUUCAAGGUUCAGUUGCCGUUAGCCGCAUCCGUACUGACGAAACGCAAGGUGAUGUCGUACAUCGCCCAAAUCUUCGACCCUCUUGGACUCGUGGGUCCAACGAUCACCAAGGCCAAACUCUUCAUGCAGCGACUUUGGGCUCUGAAGCAGAAUGGCGAAGCAUGUGAAUGGGACACGCCGCUCCCGUUUACACUCCAAGAAGAAUGGAAACUGUUCCAUAACACACUACACCUGUUGAGUGAAGUUCGCGUACCCCGCUUCAUUUCGAUGCCCGACGCCGUCAGCAUCCAGCUUCACUUCUUCUGCGAUGCGUCUGAGCGCGCAUAUGGGACAUGCUGUUACGUCCGAACCGAAGCACACGGCACAGUUUCGGUCCAGUUGUUGGCGUCCAAGUCCAAGGUAGCUCCGCUUUCUACACGCCAGACAAUCGCCAGACUGGAACUCUGCGCCGCACAUUUGUCGACCCAACUGUACAAGAAGCUGAACGCGACGCUGAAGCUUCCUGCGACUGUUCAUUUCUGGACAGAUUCCACUACUGUCCUCCAAUGGCUUCGCGGGAACCCGAGUCGUUGGAAGACUUUCGUCGCAAACCGAGUCUCGCAGAUACAGCUUUCAACCGAUCUCAACCGCUGGAAGCAUGUUCCUGGAGUCGACAAUCCUGCUGACGACAUUUCCCGAGGAUUGAGUCCUACUGAUCUCCUCAACCGUACACGAUGGUGGACUGGGACACAGUGGCUAGCAAGGUCUCCGGAUUUUUGGCCAAAUCCAACGUUACCCGCAGCAGAAACUCCAGAAGUGUCCGCCGAAGGACGCAAGAUACCACUAGUUGCCAUGACCACGACACAACUGAGUUUCUGCACUGAUUUAUUCGCUCGCUACUCCAACUUCUCCAAGCUGCGCCGAGUGACAGCGUUCAUUCAGCGUUAUCUGCACGUGCUUCGUGAACGAGCCUCGCAACGUCGUUCGGAAAAGGAGAAGUACAAGCCACUCGUCAUCCCGAACAUUAACCCGCACCCAGUCCAUCCGCUUACCGCACAAGAACUCCAACACGCCGAACUUACGCUCUGUCAUCUCGCGCAGGGUGAACUUUUCGCUGAGGAGAUUUUCGAUCUCGCUAGUGGCGAACGUGUCGCAAGAUCUUCCACGCUGAAGUGGUUGAACCCGUUCGUCGAUCCCGAAGGCACCGUACGUGUCGGUGGCCGGCUUCGCAAUGCCGCGCUGACCGAUGCGAAGAAACACCCGAUCGUCCUCUCUGCCAAGCAUCCGCUCGCUGUUCUGUUGGCUAGUUUUUAUCAUUUGAAGCUACUGCACGCAGGCCCCCAACUCCUGCUAGCCACUCUCCGCCAGAAGUUUUGGAUUCUGGGCGGCAGAAAUCUUGUGAAAUCCGUCUUUCACCGUUGCCACACUUGCUUCCGUAGCAAGCCCACACUAGUCCAGCAGAGCACAGCAGAUCUUCCGGCAUCGAGAGUAUCUCCAACCCGACCGUUUUCCGUCUGCGGAGUCGACUAUUGCGGACCUUUCUAUUUGAAGUCCGCUGUCCGCAACCGUGGCCCAACGAAGGUGUACGUGGCCAUAUUCGUCUGCUUCUCUACGAAGGCAGUUCACAUCGAGCUAGUGAGCGACCUGUCUACUCCAGCGUUCCUAGCUGCACUCCGUCGUCUGGUCGCCCGCAGAGGAAAGGUGGUAGAGUUGCACUCUGACAACGCUACCGCUUUCAAAGGUGCAUCGAAUGCACUGAACCGCAUCUACCGCAUGCUGAAGGUCGAUGAGUCUGAUCGGAAUCAGAUCUUCGACUGGUGCUCCGACAACGAAAUUCGCUGGAAGUUCAUCCCACCUCGAGCACCACACUUUGGCGGUCUUUGGGAGGCUGCAGUGAAGUCAGCGAAGACACACCUGUUGAAGGCAAUCGGCAACGUGAACGUUGCGUACGAGGACAUGCUCACACUGCUGGCGCAGAUAGAGAUGUGCCUCAAUUCUCGUCCGCUGACUCCAAUGCCGGACGAUCCGUCCGAUCUCGAGGUCCUUACGCCAGGACAUUUUCUCAUCGGGAGUAAUCUCCAAGCUGUCCCUGAAGUUGAUUUGAAGGAGACUCCUGACAAUCGCUUGAACCAUUGGGAAUUGACUCAGAAACGGUUCCAAACCAUCUGGUCUCGCUGGUACCCGGAAUACCUGCAACAACUGCAGUCCCGUGCAACGAAGGGUUGCAACCCGCCUGUCUCCAUCGACGUUGGUAGAGUCGUCAUCGUGAAGGAAGACAACAUCCCGCCAACCAAUUGGCCUCUCGGCCAAAUCAUCAAAUGUCAUCCCGGAGCCGAUGGCAUCGUUCGUGUGGUCACUCUACGAACCGCUGCAGCCAAGGAGGUUGUGCGUCCUGUGGCCAGAAUCGCUCUACUACCGACACCACCAACUCAACGAGCCGACUGA